AUGACAAUGAAAUACUUUACGUUUUUGACCUUUUUUAUUCUUUUAUCUUUCGUUACUAUUUCGUCAGCUUUUCCAAGUAGUAAUGAACUGUUAUCUAAUACUCCUGAAAAACGACAUCAAUGCAGUUGCUCUGUCGCCGCCGCGGAUUUCAAUUCUGGUCCGGUUAUAGGUUACGUAUUCUUUGCCCAAGACGAAAAUGGUCACACUGAAGUCGCAGGAAUCUUUAACAAAGGUUUCGAUGAUACAAACGCGUCUUACGGAAUGAAAAUUAUUGAUGAGUGCAAAAAUACACUUUUCGAUCUCACGGAUGGAUUGAAUAUAAAACCAAAUGGUCGUGGCGGUACCAAAUCUUUCAGACAUAAGUUUACAAAUAUGAGUAUUGACUGUGAUGACAAUGGUAUUCUCACCAAAAAAAUUCACCAUAAUAAACGUAAUUGUCAUAGCAAUAAACUUAGGAAACGUCUUCCUAAUGGUGCAAUGACCACUCAGGAUGGUGAAGGCUCUGGUUACUCUGGAAUAUCGAAAUAA